UGAACAUAAAAGGUACUUAGUUAACCGUAAACUCUCUGCAAAGAACUACUUUUCUACUCUCGCGAUCCGCCGAAAUCAUGGGAAAAGACCUCGUCAUCUUAGCAUACUCUGGCGGUUUGGAUACCAGUUGCAUUUUGAAGUGGUUGAUUCAAAAGAACUACGAUGUGAUUUGCUUUAUGGCCGACGUAGGCCAAAAUGAGGACUUCGUAAAAGCAAAACAGAAGGCUAAAUUAAUUGGCGCUAAAAAUGUAAUUGUGGAAGAUUUACGAAAAGAAUUCGUCUCCAACUACAUGUUACCUGCCGUGCAAAUGGGCUUAGUUUACGAAAGUCGUUAUUAUCUCGGUACUUCGCUAGCACGACCCUGUAUAUCUGUCGGUCUCGUAAAGGCUGCAAAAAAAUUGGGCGCCAAGUACAUAUCUCAUGGCGCUACAGGUAAAGGCAAUGACCAAGUACGAUUCGAACUCAGUGUGUAUUCAUUGUGGCCUACAGGAAAAAUAAUUGCACCAUGGCGUCUUCCUGAGUUCUUUAAUAGAUUCCAAGGUCGGAGUGAUCUCAUCGAAUUCGCAAAGAAGGAAAAUAUUCCUGUGUCAGCUACACCGAAAGAACCGUGGUCUACGGACGAGAAUAUCAUGCAUAUUAGCUACGAGUCAGGCGUGCUGGAAGAUCCUGCAGCGAUUCCACCGAAUGGAAUUUACAAGAUGACUAGAGACCUGCAACACGCAGAAGAUUAUCCGAUUGUAAUCGAUAUUAAUUUUGAAAAGGGUUUGCCAAUUUCUAUAAGAAUUCCGAGCGGACAAGAAAAGGCUCUUUUAGUAACCGAUCCUUUGAAUCUCGUGGAAACUCUGAACAAGUUAGCAGGACAACAUGGAAUUGGUCGUAUUGAUAUUGUCGAAAAUCGUUUUUUAGGGCUUAAGUCACGCGGACUGUACGAGACACCAGCUGGCACUGUCUUGCAUGUGGCCCAUCUUGACUUAGAAGCUUAUGCCCUUGAUAAAGAAGUUUUACGAGUGAAAAAAUAUUUACAAGAAAAAAUGGCUGAUUUUGUGUACAACGGAUUCUGGUUCUCGCCGGAAGCAAACUUUACUCGGAAGGCAUUGGAAUUAUCUCAAGAAACUGUGACCGGAACAGUCACUGUACAUCUUUUUAAAGGAAAUGUAACAGUGCUAGCUCGGAAGAGUACAACUAGCCUCUACAAUAAAGAAUUGGUGUCUAUGGAUAUCGCUGGAGGCUUUUCACCUGAGGAUAGUACAGGAUUCAUUAAUAUUAAUGCGCUGAGACUCAAAGAAUAUGCUAGGUUUACCGACCAAAACUAAAUAAAUAAUUAUCAAGUCUAAUACGUA